AUGGUAUCAGAUAUUCAUUCUGAAGUACAAGGAGGGAUAAUAGAAAAUAGCAAAUAUUGUUGGAUUGCUUCUGGAGCGAUUCUUGAAAUAUUUUGCAUUAAAACUGGCUCCAAAAUUGCAUCUUGGAAGUUCGGAUCAUUUUAUAAGAGUCAGUAUACCUGUAUAACAAGUAUUUGCAAAAUACCCAUUUCUGAAGAAUUUGGAUCCUGUUUACUUGCCAUAGGAUUAUGUCACGGUGUAAAUGAUGGAAGCAUAUGUAUUUUUGCAAUACAAGGUUGCAGAAUAUUGUUAGCAAUUAAUAUUGGUGAACCCGUCACAAAAAUAUGCCUAGUUGAUUCUGGAGGAAAUUUAGCUGGUCCUUUAUCUGCCUUUGAUGGAGUCUUAGCUGUUACAACAAAUAAAGAAAAUGCAUAUUUAAUCGAUCUUUGCAGGCAGAUUUGUAUUGAUGCCCUUGAAUUGGGACCUGAAUAUGGAUUUGAUGAGUAUCACAUAAGACAGUGUGCAAAAGUUCGUCCAAAUGCCAAUUAUGAACUUCUGAAGGAAUUAGCAAUGGCAAAAGAUGAACACAUAGCCCUAAAUAUUUACUCUGUAGACAUCAUAGGAUCAGUUACAAGUUUAUUGAUGGUGCAACAAAUAUCAGCUCUUGUUAUUGGUAGCAAUACAGGCGCUUUUGUUAUAAUUGAUCUGAUAGGCUUUAAAAUUAUUUAUAAAUCAAAUCCAAUGCACGGUGCUAUACUACAAAUAACUUUCCAAGAACCUUCUGAUGAUCCACGAGCUCACUGUUUCCUGUGGACGCUUCAUUCAAAUGGUACAAAAACCACAGCCAAUUUUCAUCAAUUAAUUUAUAGAUCGAAAGAUUCUUCUGGCUUUUGUAGAUAUCAGGAGUUUUUGAAUUGCAAUUUGCAAUACACCAUGGUUUUGGGGAAGAUUGAAUCUCGAAUUAUUUCUUGUCAGGUCAUACAAAAGCUUUUUCAAGAUGAGUGUGCUAUAAGCGUAUGUACAUUUUCAUGGAUUGCAGAAAAUAAAUUAUAUUUAUGUAUUUUCGAUAUAGAUCAAUGGUACAAAUUUGGAAUGGGUAAUUCAAAUAUUGAGUCAAGAUUAGAAAAAAUUGUUUAUAACAAAUUUCAGAUUAAAUUAGAUCUUGAUUAUACAAAGCUUAGAGAUAUAAAAUUAAGCACUAAUACAUUAAGCUUGUUCAAAUCGUGCCAAGCUUUUGAUGAAUAUUAUCAUCCUGGUUCUCUGACUUUUGAUUGUGAUGUAUUGAGCAUUUCAAAAAACUUUUGUUUCCAUUGGCCUGGUUCUCAAAAGCAAAUUCUACAGAAAUUAUCAAAUAUGGGUUCAGCAGGAUUGAUAGCACCAGAAUCAUUAUAUCUUGAAUGUUUGAGAACGCAUCUGAUACCAUUAUUUCAUGAUAAUUCAUUUGAUUGUGAAACUUCGACGUCAUCCCCUCUGGCCACGAGGCAGCAGGACUCUAGGACUUUACAGGACUACGCAACCCCAUUUCACAGCACAACUCGCGUUGCGUUCCGUUCGUCGUGGGAUGAGUCCGGUGGAGGAGGAGAUCGUGUACCAGUUUCCUUAGUACCGGCAUUCGUUCGCCGUUCGCCGUUCGGGAGUUGA